AUGACACGGGAUAUAGAAGCGUGGGUUCUGGUGUCAUAUGUGGAGGCAACUGCAGAUUCUUCUGAGGCGGGCCGGGUUCUGCUGCCGGAUGCUUGGACCUGCAGGGAAUCCAAGCAGGAGUAUGAUGAAGGGGUGGCCGUGCCAAGUAAUGGACAGCAGUGGGAGAAUGAGAGGGUUUCCCUGCGUCGGGAAGACCUUGAACAAACAAAACUAAAUAUGGCAUCUUUGGGAACAGUUGAAAACUUCCAGAACAAUAAGAAAAGAAUGAGUGAGCAGGGAAACCAUCAGAAGAGGGAUGUGGAGGAAUCUGUUUUCUGUGCAAAAGAGGGGAAAGGAGUUAAAGUACAGCCAGCCGUCUCCUACUCUGAGGUAAAAAUUGCAUCUUCUGACCUUAUGGAACCCCAGAAUGUUCACACUGGAGAGAAACUACACGUGUCGUAUGACAGAAACAGCUUUGAUCACAGACAGGAGAGAACCCGCCUGGGAGAGAAUAACGUGAACAGUUUCACCCACUGUGGGAAAAGCUUUAGCCACGGCUCCAGCUUUAAGGAACAUCUGAGAGCCCAUGCCGGGGAGGCCCCAUACCGAUGCUGUUAUUGCGGCAAAAACUUUGGCCAGGGUUCCGUCUUCCGGGAACACAUCAAGACCCACGUGGGCGAGAGGCCUUUCAGCUGCUCAGAUUGUGGGAGAAGCUUCAACCGGAAGUGUUACCUGAUGAUCCACGAGAGGAUGCACAGGGGAGAGAACCCCUACAUGUGCAUCCACUGUGGGAAAAGCUUCCCCAAGGGGUCCAAGCUUGUCAUCCACGAGCGAAUCCACACGGGUGAGAACCCCUACGUUUGCUCGGAGUGCGGGAAGAGCUUCAAUCAGAAAGGGAACCUUGUGACCCACAUGCGGAUCCAUACGGGUGAGAAACCAUACAAAUGCACUCAAUGUGGGAAGAGGUUCAGUCAGAAAGCGGGCCUUAGUUCGCAUGAAAAAACUCACACGGGAGUCAGAAAAACUGUCUAA